UUUCCCGCGUAUUCCCAAGCCUCCCUCUUUCUCUCCCUUUUCUCUCCGUUUCUCUCCAAUUUCUGCACAUAGUCCCCCAUUUCUGAUCUCCCACUUCUCUCCAAUUUCUGCACAUCCAUCUCUCAAAGAAGAAGUCGACGCACAUCUUGAACAGAGAAUAUGAUAUAGCUUCCCUAUUCACGGACAUCUUCACUAUUCAGGAUUCCUAGCGAGCGCGAGAGAGAGAGAGAGAGCCAACUUCUUCGCCCCCAAGCGAUUAGCCUUCCUCACCUGUGCGACCCAAGCCUCUCUACCCUGCUUCAUCAAUGGCGACCGCGACGACUGUGAAGGACGUUUCGCCUUAAUAGUUCGUGAAGGCCUACUCAGCUCAUCUCAAGCGAUCCGGCAAGAUGGAGCUGCCGGAGUGGGCAGAUAUUGUGAAGACUGCAAGGUUUAAGGAACCGGCUCCUUAUGACCCUGAUUGGUAUUAUGUGAGAGCUACCUCCAUGGCAAGGAAGAUCUACCUGAGAGGAGGUCUUGGUGUUGGUUCUUUUAGAAGGAUUUAUGGUGGGGGUCAGAGGAAUGGAAGUCGUCCACCCCAUUUCUGCAAGAGCAGUGGUUCCGUUGCUCGCCACUCUCUACAACAGUUGCAGCAAAUGAACAUUAUUGACGUUGACCCAAAGGGAAUUAAUGACAAAAUGCAUACCUGGAGACCUGUUUAAGUAAGAUAGGAAUUACAACAUAUUUCCAGCCACAAAAAUCUGGCUGGAGCAUUUACAAGCAAAUACCAGUAACAUUACUAAUCAAAGAAGCUUGUCUUAGACACACCAUGGAAAACUAAGGAAAUGAGCCCUAUCCAUUCCCUCAUUGUAACGACCCC